AUGACCGACGAAAAUGGCGUCCCAGAAAAUUCCGAGGACGAAUCGGCUGCCUAUGCGGAGAACGGGUCGCUUCCAGUCGGAACUUCCGAGUUGGAACAGGAAAUUAAGGAGCUAGAACGAUUGCUGCGGAUCGAACGCGAGGAACGGCGAAGGAUUCAGACUGAAGCACAGGUUCGUACCAUUGAUAUCAACUUAUGUUCUAAACAAACACUACAAAAUCCAAAUGAUCAGAGGUAUAAAUACGAAUAA